AUGGCCUUCCUGUCCCGGUUCUCUCGGUCCCGGAGCAGCUCCAGGUCUCCGAGCCGGAAAGACCCGGAGCGCGUCCCCCCGAACCUGAGCGUGUCCGAGCUGGAGCGGCUGCUGUACACGGGCAAGACGGCCUGUAACCACGCGGACGAAGUGUGGCCACGACUCUACAUCGGAGACCAAGAUAUCGCAUCAGAUCGGCGUGAGCUGGCUAAACUCGGCAUCACACACAUCCUCAACUGUGCCCAGAGUAAGUGGCGUGGCGGAGCCGAGUAUUACGCCGGGAUGAGCGUCACCUAUCACGGCAUCGAGGCCCACGACUCACCCACCUUCGACAUGAGCGUCAACUUCUAUCCUGCGGCAGAGUUCAUCCACAAAGCCCUGACAAGUGGAGGUAAGGUGCUGGUCCACUGCACUGUGGGAGUGAGCCGCUCAGCCACUCUGGUGCUGGCCUACCUGAUGAUCAGACAGAACCUGACCCUGGUGGAGGCCAUCAAAACAGUGAAGGACCACCGGGGCGUCAUCCCCAACCGAGGCUUCCUGCGCCAGCUCAACGGCCUCGAUGGCAUCCUGAGAGACAGCCGCAGGACGUCGCUGUAG